CCAACAACACCACCAUGCACAAGCCAGAGAUGGAGAAUAAGAGGAUACAAUAUAGUAGAGACUUUCUUUUGAGCAUCCAGUUCAUGCCUGAUUGUAUGCAGAAGCCAGAGGGGCUUCCAUCCAUACCUGAUGUGGUGCUACACAAGUGUAACCAAAAUAAGUUGCCACCGGACCCACAGGGUCUCAGCUCCAGAGACUCAAAUAUCUCAAAUAUUCCAGCAGGAACUGGAAGCAGCUGUUUCAGCCAGUAAUCGUGAGAGUCUUCAGGACGAGCUGGAGGAGGCAAAAAAACAAAGCUCGCAGAAAAACCAGGGGUAACGUCAAGUUCAUCGGGGAGCUGUUUAACCGAGUCCAUCAUUCAUAACCACGUG